AUGUCGAGCUUCGAGCCAGUUGUCGUCAUCGAUGGCAAGGGACACCUGCUCGGUCGCCUGGCCAGCACCGUUGCCAAGCAGUUGCUCAACGGCCAGAAGAUCGUAGUCGUCCGUUGCGAGGCCCUCAACAUCUCCGGAGAGUUCUUCCGUGCGAAGCUGAAGUACCAGGCUUUCUUGCGCAAGCAGACUCGUUUCAAUCCCACUCGAGGAGGUCCUUUCCACUUCCGCGCACCGUCCAAGAUGUUCUGGCGAACCGUCCGUGGCAUGAUCCCUCACAAGACUGCUCGCGGAGCCGCCGCAAUGGAGCGCCUAAAGACCUUCGAGGGUAUCCCACCCCCAUAUGAUCACAAGAAGCGCGUGGUAGUUCCCCAGGCUCUGAGAGUCCUGAGGCUGAAGCCUGGUCGCAAGUACUGCACAGUGGGACGCUUGGGCCACGAGUUUGGAUGGAAGUACCAGGAUGUCGUUGCCAGGCUCGAAGAGAGGCGAAAAGUCAAGGGUACCGCCUACUAUGAGCGCAAGAAGGCGGUGCGGAGGCAGCUUGCGGAGGCGCAGAAGACAGCGAAGGUGGACGAAAAGGUGGCGUCACAACUUGCCGAAUUCGGAUACUAGAUAUCGCACCUGCGAUAUGGUGGCGUAAGGCGAGUUGACGAACGACGACAUGGCUCAGUGCAGCAGACCGGCUACACGAUGACUAUACACCUUUACUCAAUCUUGUCUUCGGCCUGUGGAGAAGCGAUGCGGGUGCUUCCGGAAUGCGGUAUCUGUGUCAACGGCUCUCUUCUUAAGGGUCGAAUGGUUUCUUUUUGUUGCUCUAGAACUACUAGUGCAAUCAAGAAAAAUGAGAGCUUCAACACAAGAUGUCACCAAGCUACGCCAAGUGAUUGAGGUAUCACUAGGAUGAGAAUCUCAUCGACAGAAGUUCGCAGCGGUGUGCUUGAUACGGAACUGAUGGCAAAAUGUCAUAAUGACGGUGCACUGGUGCAUGCUAAUGAUUAAUCAAAACCAAUGCAGGAUCGCUUUCGAGUCUUCUAUCUCGAAUAUUCA